GGAGCCAGGCUUUCUUCAGAGCAGCCUGAGCAAAAACAAACAGCGCCUCGCAGAAGGUCACACGUAGCUGGAGAGACUGGCCUGUACGGGCAGCAGCCCUCGGGAAAGCUUGCAGUUGGAGUCUGGUGAACACGUGAACACUUUUCCUGCGUUGGGGACGCGAAUCCUGCCGGGAGCAAGCUCUGGUGUUUGGCCGAUUCGCACUUCGGGGGUGGACUAGGGGCUUGUUUUGCUCUUGACUGUGGAACGGCGUUUUGUUUUGACUGGCUAUCGCGUGUGCAGCUAGCCCUUUCUGGGAGAAGAAACGCGGCUGGGCAGACCUUUACCAUUCAGCCUCGUGUUUAACGACCUAUUUGUGAAGUUAAAGGAGAGAGCGCGAAGGGAGAACGGAGAAAUAAGGGAAAGACCAACGGCGGUCCCGAAAGCAGAGCUCCACCUGCUUGCGGUUAAACCAUAGCUGAGAAACCGGCCCCUGUGGGUGAAUUGGAAGAAUAUUGCUUCAGAUAUUUUCCCCCAGAGCUGGCAGUGACUCACGCAGCGGCCACAGAGUGUUCGGUGACUUCAGACGCGUGUCUUCUAAAGUUGCUGCGAACAUUAACCACAGAAGGAACCCACAACCCAACCAGCAACUCCAACCCAAAGGGGUUUCUCUCCCUCCCCCCGGGCGUGUUUCAGAUUAUUGGCGCGCGACCUCUGAGGACUUGUACAAGAGUCUUUUGAAUUCACGCAGCCUCCCUAAGUAAUUUAGUCAAAGCGUUGCGAAACUGGGACUGCAAGACUUAAGAGCAACGCGAGGCAAACUACUGACACUGGGGUUCAAGGCUGCUCUGGCAGGGGGAAAAAGGACGCUGCAGGAGAACAUUAAUGGAGUUCUGUUGUGUUUAAAUUCUAUAGAGUCAGCUGUAAAUAUUUGAUGAAGUACACUAUAUAAUGCUGUGAUAGCCGUUGACCUUUGAAAACCUCUGCUCACGCUCUUUGCAGCCAGUUUCCCUAGUUUCUUUUAAAACGCUUUUCUCCCUCCUCCAUGUUUGCGAGAAGAGACUGACGCGUUGAUCUGAAUUCUAGGCAGCCUUUAGCGCAGCGGGAGGGGAAGAAUAUGAUCUUCGAAAAAUGAUAAGAAAUUAACUACUGAAAAGUCUAGGUCCUUCCCUCCUUUGGUCUGGGUGUGUGCGUGGUGGGGGUGUUUUGUUUUGAACAUUUCCUCUGCUCAAAACGUCUGUGUGUGGGAUUUCGGAAGGACCUUUGAUUUUUAUAACACUGGUAAUUCCCCAAGGGGAAAGGAGAGAAACUUGACCAAAUCUAUAAGGCCGUUUUUAGUUUUUAAACAGCACACAUAGAUUUCCAGACAAGAGCAGCCUGAAACUGGAUGCUUGGGUUAAUGCUGGCAGGACCAGGAGGCACGGCGUUCCCCUGCUCUGUCCAACUGGUCCAAAUUCACGCCUGGACUGGCUUCACUCCGGUUGCCCCUUUUGCACCGGAGCCCUAAGCCUCUUUCUUUUUAUGUUGGUCUCCCAAGAGCCGCCGUCUGAAGAGUUGCGCUCGUGUCGCUUUAUCCGAAGCCCUCUGAGGACCUUUUUCACUCAAAAGGCUUGUUGUGAUGCGUAUCCCCGUAGAUACCAGCACCAGCCGCCGCUUCACGCCGCCCUCCACCACUCUGAGCCCGGGCAAGAUGAGCGACACGCUGCCGCUGGUCGGCCAAGAGAACGGCAGCAGCGCCCUGGUGGGGAAGCUGAGAAACGCAGAUCGCAGCAUGGUGGAUGUCUUAGCCGAUCAUCCGGGCGAACUGGUCCGCACCGACAGUCCCAACUUCCUCUGCUCUGUCCUGCCGACCCACUGGAGGUGCAACAAGACUCUGCCGAUUGCCUUCAAGGUGGUUGCAUUAGGAGAUGUCCCUGAUGGGACUUUGGUCACAGUUAUGGCUGGAAAUGAUGAAAACUACUCUGCAGAACUCAGAAAUGCUACUGCUGCCAUGAAGAAUCAAGUAGCAAGAUUCAACGAUCUAAGAUUUGUGGGUAGAAGUGGAAGAGGGAAGAGCUUCACAUUGACUAUCACAGUCUUCACAAAUCCUCCACAAGUAGCCACGUACCACAGAGCUAUCAAGAUAACAGUGGAUGGACCUCGAGAACCAAGAAGACACCGUCAGAAACUGGACGAGCAGACCAAGCCUGGAAGUUUGUCCUUUUCAGAGCGCCUGAGUGAACUGGAACAGUUGCGUCGCACCGCCAUAAGGGUUAGCCCUCAUCAUCCAGCCCCCACACCUAACCCAAGAGCUUCCCUGAACCACACAACGGCUUUUAAUCCUCAGCCUCAGAGUCAGAUUCAGGAUACAAGGCAACUUCAGCCAUCUCCUCCAUGGCCUUAUGAUCCAUCUUACCAAUAUCUGGGAUCAAUUGCGACUUCUUCUGUUCAUCCAGCCACACCCAUUUCACCUGGAAGGGCUAGUGGAAUGACAUCCCUCUCUGCAGAACUUUCCAGCCGGCUGACAAGUGCUUCUGACCUAACAGCGUUCAGUGAUCCAAGAGUAGGAAUUGAUCGUCCAUUUUCUGCUAUUCCUUCCAUUUCUGAUCCUCGUAUGCACUAUCCUGGAGCAUUCACCUAUACUCCAACGCCAGUGAGCUCAGGAAUAGGAAUUGGCAUGUCUGCCAUGACCACUGCCACCAGAUAUCACACUUAUCUACCACCUCCAUAUCCAGGUUCUUCUCAGGCUCAAGGUGGCCCAUUUCAGACCAGCUCUCCUUCGUAUCAUCUCUACUAUGGAACAUCAGCAGGUUCUUACCAAUUCUCCAUGAUGUCUGGUGGUGAUCGGUCUCCCCCACGUAUUCUGCCUCCUUGCACUAAUGCUUCCACAGGAUCUACUCUACUCAAUCCCAACCUUCCAAACCAAAAUGAUGUGGUGGACACUGAAGGCAGUCAUAGCAAUUCCCCCACCAAUAUGGGAACCACAGCAAGGUUAGAAGAAGCAGUGUGGCGACCAUAUUGAAUUAUUAUUACAGGUGUUUAAUCUGGUAAUGUCCAUGAUUUUAUAUGACAAAUGAGAGCACUGCCAUGUUUAUCUUUCACACAGAAAAGCAAUCAGUCCUGAAGUCAGUAUUUCUGGAAAUAUUGCUAUGAGGUUCUCUGAUUUUGCUCAGUGAAGUGAUGACAUUCUCAUAAAUAGACUCUUUCCAAGACUGGAAAAUAAUAACAUUUUAAGAUGGUGGUUCUGUUCACUCAUGUUGUCUGUAAAUAUGGAGAAGGAUAGUUACUCAGUAUGUGUCCAGAGCUUCAGACUUCAAAAUUUAAAGUAUUUUGUUUGACAUCUGGUGCUGGGGCAGUCAGUCUUAUACAAUCUUAAUGAGUUUAAUCAAUCAUUUUGACAUGUAAGUUAAAAGGAAGUAUACAAAGAUUCUCAAAGAGAAACUGUGAAUGCUUCUAAUUUAGCAAUGCUGUGAAUAAGAGUUUUUAUAUCCUGGAAAUAAUUUUUUAAUCAAGUUGUAUAUUCCAAAGAGUACAGGAAUUGUUUUUAUUUUUAUUAUUUUUUGAGCUGCAACUCAUCCUUCUUUGCAUAUCAUUUUCCUAUUUUGGCACCUUAAAAUUUGCAAAAAAGAUUUAAUCUUUUUUUAAAUGUGCUCGCUUUUCUUGUAAUUUGUCGGCUAAAUGCAUCUACAAAAAAACCUCUUUUCUAGAGAAGUAAUUUAAUUUUUUUAAUAUAAAGGAGUGACAACCUACAGUCCUUCUCAACUACUGAAAAAGUACAUGAUGAGUUGCUCAAUAUUUAUGCUCCGCAUUGAAUUUUUGUGUGUGAUACCAUUAUUAUUUAAAUAAUGCUUUGAAGAUAAGCACAUGCAUUUUGUAGCAACCAAAGUUUAAAAUUAUUACAUAUAAAAUGGCUGGAAUAACUAUGAAUAAUGUGACUUUUAAUUAUUUAGAAAUAUUGUUUACAUUUAGCUCCAUUUCAUUCUCAUCAGUCAUUUAAAUGAAGUCACUUUUGUCCAACUGAGAACCCAGGUUUCUUUGAAAAUGUUAUGAUGAAAAUAAUGCUUUAAAGUCAAACGUUUAUGUUGUAUUUGCCAUAAUUGGACACUGACUGGGGCACUGGAAGCAAAGAUUCUUCUCAGAGUGUAUACUUGGGAAUUUCCAGUAUAGCGUCAUGUUUAUAUUCCAUCAACUUCCUUAAAGACAACGUAAGUAGAAACUUCAAACGCAACUGAAUAUCAGCGUUCUAAGUGACUAGUAAGUUCCACAUUCUGGUCAAAAUACGACACAUACCAGUUUUUCUGCCUUGCCCCAGUAGGAGAUUUAAAAGCUUGUUCAAGGCUGUAACUGUAACCACAGUUAUGCAGACCCAAGUCCACUGAACCCCCACCCCCAAUAUGACACACAAUCCAAAUGGUUUUUACAGCAACCUUACACACCUGCAGGUCUAAACAAAGUAAUAAUUUAGAAGUGAGAUUCUUCAUUCUAGGCAUCUCUUCACUCACUCAUCCCCAGCUACUUUGCACCCUUACAGGAGAGAGGUAUGGGCCCCACCAAAAGUCAGAGGCAGCCCAUCAAAUAGUGGUGUCAUCAUAAUCUUCUGAUUUUCAGAGCAAAACUAAUAAA